AUGGCGAACGAGCGAUAUUUUGGAAGGGCAUGCAAGACAUGCCGUCGCAGAGGACGAGGAUGCGACCGGCGCAUGCCUUCGUGUAAAACCUGCGAGGCUAGUGGCCAAACGUGUGAGGGCUACCUGCUACAGUGGCCAGGUUUAGCAAGCCGAGGGACGAAUAAGCGCAGACGACUGCGACGAGCUCAGCAACCUACUACCUCAAGUCCUCCUCCGCCCACAUUACCGCAAUCACCUCAAAGUCCCGCCAACAACGAUGAUCCGCCCGUUACCCCAGAGAAUGUCGAGGGCCUGUUCAAUCCCACGCAGCUCAUGGGGAUUACCGAUGUAGGCACCCCGUCUGAUCCCUUGAACUGGUUCAACGAUGCCUCUUUCAUAAACGACUUUUCCGAACCUCUCAUUGAACAUCAACCGGAGGACGCUGAUGCAGAGUCUCCUCCGCAAGCCCAUUCCAAAGAGCUCGGUGGCUAUAUGGACUUCCACCAUAUGCUGGGUCCAACUCUUGAUAUUCUGAGAAUUCCAGACGAACUCAAAUUUAUUAUGCAAUAUCGUCAGUCUCAACACUGCAACGAAUCCGCAGGCUUGCUAACUUGA